AUGGUUAAGGUAACAUUCUUACACCCUGACCUAGGAAUUGGUGGUGCUGAAAGGUUAAUUGUUGAUGCUGCACUGGCACUGAAGGGAUUCGGCCACGACGUCAACAUUGUUACAACACAUCAUGAUCCGAAACGCAGUUUUGCAGAAACAAACAAUGGAACUUUGCCGGUGACAGUGGUUGGUAAUUGGAUACCACGUCAUAUUUUUGGAAAAUUUUAUGCAGCGUUUGCUUAUAUACGGAUGAUUUACGCGGCACUAGCCAUUUACUUUAUGUCAGAUCGUCCUGACAUUAUAGUUUGUGAUCUUGUAUCUGCUUGUAUUCCAUUCCUACGUAUGGCCUCGGACUAUGUCAUAUUUUAUUGUCAUCACCCAGAUCAAUUACUAACUCAACCUGGAGGUUGGCUUAAAUCACUUUAUCGCAUUCCAUUAAAUUAUUUAGAAGAAAAAACAACUGGUCAAGCAGAUAAGAUUUUUGUUAACAGUAACUAUACUUUGAAAGUAUUUAAACAAACAUUUAAAAGUUUGGAUAUAACUCCAGAGAUUCUGUUUCCGUCAAUUCACACCGAUUUUUUUGACGCUGCUACACCUCAGCCGCUGAAGAACGUUUUCGCUGAUAAAUUGAGCAAUUUACCAGCUGAUCGUUUUAUAAUAUUAUCGAUCAAUCGUUAUGAGCGUAAGAAAAAUAUAUUGUUAGCCAUAGACGCACUUGCUACCUGCAUUGAAAAAUUCAAAGGUACUGAAAACUUUAGUAAUAAUAUUUAUUUAAUAAUUGCUGGUGGCUAUGAUGAACGCGUUAAUGAAAAUGUUACUUAUUAUCAAGAACUUUAUGAUUAUGCAACUAAAUUGAAUAUUAUUGAUCGAGUAAUAUUUUUGAAAUCGCCUAAGGAUAGCGAAAAAAUUUCGUUAUUAAAUAAUUGUGAUGUGUUAAUUUACACACCGGAAAAUGAACAUUUUGGAAUUGUACCUCUAGAAGCUAUGUAUUUACGUAAACCAGUUAUUGCACAUAACUCUGGUGGUCCAAUGGAAACUAUCGUCAAUGGUGUGACCGGCUAUUUGGUUGAUGGACAGGAUAUUGUUGAGGGAUUUGCCAAUAAAAUAGCUGAUUUAAUCAAGGAUAGUGAAAUGAGAAAAAGAUUUGGUAAUGCUGGUAGACAGAGAGUUAUCGAAUCAUUUAGUUUUACAGCAUUUGGAAUACAAUUGGAUCAAGUUGUUAAUGACUUAACGAAAAGAAAUUAA